AUGUUUUGCUGGCAUACACAAUUUACUAUAUUACGCAAAUAUUUCAUCGAUCGGUAUUUUCAAAAUUCCGUUCAGUUCCGGUAUGUUACGAAAUUAGUAAAAGAUACGGAUAUUAAGAAAAUACGCAAUAUAGGUAUUAUAGCUCAUAUAGAUGCAGGUAAAACGACAACGACAGAGAGAAUGCUUUAUUAUUCUGGACUAACUACAUCGAUGGGAGAAGUACAUGAUGGUGACACAGUGAUGGACUAUAUGGCCCAAGAACGAGAGAGAGGAAUAACGAUAACUUCAGCAGCAGUAACAUUUAAUUGGAAAAAACAUAAAAUUAACUUAAUUGAUACUCCUGGUCAUGUAGAUUUUACCUUUGAAGUUGAAAGAUCUGUGUUUGCAUUAGAUGGUGCAAUCACCAUCUUAGACUCGUCAGCUGGUGUUGAAGUACAGACCUUGAAAGUUUGGGAGCAAGCAAGAAGGUAUGAAGUUCCCUGCAUUAUUUAUUUAAAUAAAAUGGAUAAACCUGCUGCUGAUUUAGACAUGUGUUUAACAUCUUUAGUGCAGAAGUUGAAAGUGCAACCUUUGCAGCUGCACAUUCCAGUUGGAUGUGGCAAAGAUUUUAGAGGUGUAAUUGACGUUUUAUCAAUGCAAAAAAUUGUUUGGGAUAGUUCCAAUAGCGAUGGAACCAACUUUAUUGUGCAAAAUAUUGGAGAAGGAAAGGAAUCGUCUCUGCUCAAGGAGAAACGAGAGCAAUUGAUAGAGACUGUUGCGGAUUUAGAUGAUGAAAUUGGAGAAAUUUACAUAACUAAAGGAACUGAUGCUUUGUCAUUUGAUGAUCUCUGCUCUGCUAUUCGCAGAAUCACACUGAAGAGGUUAGCAGUUCCUGUCUUUUGCGGGAGCUCGUACAAAAAUAAAGGAGUGCAGUUACUAUUGGAUGCUGUCAUCACUUAUCUUCCCAAUCCUUCUGAGCGCAAAUUAAAUUUUACUUCCAUGUACAAAGAUACAUGUGCUCUUGUAUUCAAGAUAAUCCAUAGCAAGAACAAAGAACCAUUGACUUUUGUCAGAGCCUAUUCUGGUCAGCUAAAAAGUGGUCAGAAAGUGUAUAAUGUAGAUCAUCAGUGUUCAGAAAAAAUUGAAAAGAUCAUGGUAGCUUCAGCGGAUGAUUUUCAUGAAGUGUCUUCCCUAUCUGCAGGAAACAUUGGAGUGAUAACUGGUUUCAAAAAUGCUGUAACUGGUGAUAUUUUAACAGCAUCUGCGUCUUCUCUUAAAAAAGAUCCAGAAGCAUGUUCUACGUACUCAGUCCAAAUACCGGAUCCUGUGUUCUUCUGUACCAUUGAACCCCCUUCUGUUGGUCAACAGAAGACUUUGGAUUUUGCCCUGCAGUGUUUGCAAAGAGAAGAUCCUACCCUUCAUGUAGAGGUUGAUGAAGCAAUUGGACAAACCAUUUUGAUGGGCAUGGGGGAAUUACAUAUUGAUGUCGUAAAGCAAAGAAUUAAGACAGAAUAUGGAAUUGAUGCCUACUUGGGCCCAUUACAGGUUGCCUAUCGUGAAGCUUUGCGCACUAAAGUAUCUAAUAUUCAUGUGCUUGAUAAAACGUUGAGCGGCAAUAAGCAAUUUGUAAAACUUGAGCUUGAGUUGUAUCCUUGUAAUAAAACAGAGCUGUUGAAAGAAGUCAAGAUAGUUGUAACUAAAGAAAAUAAUUUGGGCAAAAUAAGACCCGAUUAUUUGAAAGCAAUUAAUACUGGGAUGAAAAAUGCAUUUCAAAAUGGACCACUUUUAAAUUUUCCUGUGCUUGAUGUUGCAGUAAAUCUACUUUGGCUUGAAGUUGGUAAAGGAACGUCAUUAUCGAUGAUAUCUGCAGCUACCUCGCAGUGCAUUUCCUCUGCAUUACGUAAGGGUUCUGUCCACCUGUUGGAACCAAUCAUGUUUUUGUCCAUUGUUGUGAAUAAAGGAUAUGCUGGUCAAGUUAUUAAUGACUUAUCACAAAAACGAAGCCAAAUUUUGAACAUGGAGUUGAGACAAGACGUUGAAGUCAUUGAAUCAAAGACGCCUUUAUCUGAACUAAGAGGUUAUUCUUCCCAUUUAAGAGCUCUGACUGCUGGUACAUGUUCUUUUACAAUGGAGUUUGAUAGUUAUCAAGAGAUGGAACCUCAAGAACAAGCUAAAGUGGUUCAAAAUUUAACUGGAUUUUAUUGA